AUGAGUCUUGUGCCUGCUGACUGGGCUUUGGCCACCACUCAUAUUGCCAGUGACUAUGUUUGCUGCCAGUUCUGUGCUAUUGUUGGAGUGAUGCCAAAGGUGCUCCCACUGCUGGAGCUUGAUGUUGUAUUGAUAUUGAUGCUAGGUUGUUCCCACCUUGCAAGGAUCCUUGCCGAUGCAUAUCUCAAUCCUGUCACCAUCAACUUCGAUAUCACCAGGUAUUCCGAAGUGCUGCAAAAGCAGGAGAGAGGUGUUAGCCUCGGGCAUGAAGAAUAUCUCCUGGCCCAAUACCUGCCGGAUCGUGAAAUUGUCCUGAAGCAUCCAGCAGUUGUCCUGGACAGAUUUGGUCUUAUCAUGUUAUGGUACCUCCCCAGAGCAAUUGAUGCUGCCAUUCAGAAUGACAUGCUUGCGGCGAUGAUGAUGAUGUCGGGCCUGCUAGGCAAGAGUAUCACCCGUGGUACAUCACUGAAGGAUAAAUGGUGUGCCCAUGAAUCCAAUUUUCAAAUCAAUGAACAUUGCCUUACCUCAGGGUGCAUCAAUCUUUCGCCGGGGUGGUUCCUGCAAGCUCAUCCAGCUCCACAGUUUCAGCCUGAAGUGUCAGUGACCCUUAAAAGCAACAAUGGUGUGGCUUACUGUCGGGCAAUGUGCAGACCAGUGGCCCUUGUUGCUGCUGCAUUGAGAGUCAUGCACUCCAGUCUCUAUUGGUCAUCAUUGACAAUACAACUGGGGCUCGGGGUUUGGGCAGAUACUCAUCAAACACAGACCAUGGGGACACAGCUCAGAGAAUGGGCAUCUGUCUUUACCAUUGUCGCUGUUAUGUGCAACUGGUAUACUCCCUUGCACCGAGAUGCUCUAUCCCAUGCUCAAUGGUUUGACAUAAUGACCAGCGUUGGCGGUUAUACAUCGGCGUGA